CUCUUGGUACUCCAGUGCUCCGCUAGUUGACUGUUCACAAAUUGUUUUGGGGUAAAACACAAGCCGAGCUGCAAACCUAAAUUGCUCUCCGAUUUUCGGCGGAUUUUGUGCAAAUCUAUACUUUUCCAGAAAUCGAAUUCAGAAACAAUUGUCACUCGCUCUUAGGGACGUCUGUCACUAUGUCUGGCAGAAAUCCCGGUCCGCCACUGUCUAUGAAGAACAUGCCUCAUGGCAGGAUUCCUUUUCUGCCUCAUGAACCUCCAUAUGGACGAAACCUCGGCCCAAUGCCUCAUCCUGCACUUCUUGAGGAAAUGAGAGAGAGAGAAUCACAGUUUGGGAUGGGCCCUAGGUCAUUACCCCCUCACCCUGCUAUCCUUGAGGAACGUCUUGGAGUUCAGCUUCAAGAAAUUCAAGGCUUACUAGUUGAUAACCAGAGGGUUGCUGCUACUCAUGUUGCAUUGAAGCAGGAACUAGAAGCUGCUCAUUACGAAUUGCAACGUAUGUCCCAUUACGGAGAUUCCUUUCAUGCAGAAAAGGAUAUGCAAAUGAGAGAAAUGCUUGAUAAGGCUUCCAAAUUGGAGAUGGAACUUCAAGCAGCAGAUGCAAUGAAGGCAGAACACAUGCGGGUUCAAGCAGAUAUUAAGGAGCUUACUGCUGUUAGGCAGGAGCUUAUGGCUCAGGUCCAGGGAAUGAACCAGGAUUUGACCAGAGCUUCCGUUGAUUUACAGCAAGUGCCAGCAUUGAAAGCUGAAAUUGAGCAUAUGAGACAGGAGGUUGACAGAGCAAAGGCUGCUAUUGAGUACGAGAAGAAAGCUUAUGCAGACAGCUAUGAGCAAGGUCAAGGAUUCCAGGCUAAAAUGCUCUCAAUGGCUAGAGAACUAGAAAAGCUUCGUGCAGAGGUUGCUAAUGCAGAGAAGAGAGCUCGUGCUGCUGCAGCAGUUGGCAAUCCUGUUGCAGCAGCAAGUUACAAUACCAAUUAUAGCACACCUGAAGCUGGAUAUGCAGGAAAUCCCUACCCCGGUGGUUAUGGAGUGAACCCAACACAACCUGGUAUGGAGAAUUAUCCUCAGUAUGGACCGGGGCCUGGCAACUGGGGAGCGUAUAACAUGCAGCGUGGUCAAGGGCAUCGAUGAAGUAAGCAGUAACUUGCAAGUAUGUGAUGAUGCAGAGUCCUGUUUCAUUUCGCUACUGGUCUCUUCAGCUGGAGCUUGAUAGAAUGCUUAAGUGUGACCCUGUGAGUAAUUUUGAGGGACUACUUUUAAAGAAAUAUGGGGAUGCUUGUUACUAAGUAUGUCAUGUGGUGAAAUAUGAUGUCUUCAUAUUUUCUUAUCCACAAAACAUUAAUUUUAGUUGGUAGUAAUUAUAUGCUGUUUCUAUUCGCGAUUUUCGUUCUGCUAUUUCAUUAAGUGACAACUGUCAUUUUCUAUUA